UUUUUGUUGUGUGAUUGAGUUAGAGAGUACAACCUUUGCUCACUUUGAACUCGACGCUCAAAGAAACUGAGACCCAUCAUCAUGUCGCGGGAGAGACCCAAAAGAGGCGCACUGCCUCCCGCCCAAGAGAAUAUUGAGAAAUUAGAGAAAGUUGUAGAGGAAGGUAAUUACUAUGGAGCUCAACAAAUGUACAAAUCUAUUAGUGCAAGAUAUGUAUCUGCUCAGAGGUUUUCUGAGGCUGUGGAUAUCCUUCAGUCCGGCGCAUGCAACCAACUGAAACAUGGGCAGGUUACUUGUGGUGCUGAGUUGGCUGCUUUGUUUGUGGAAACACUUGUCAAAGGAAGAUUCCCUUAUGACGAUGAAACACUAGGUCGUGUCAGGAAAAUUUAUAAAGCAUUUCCUCGGAUACCUGUGCCACAGCAGUUAGGGGAUUUAGAUGACAUGCAACAACUUUCUGAAACACUUGGGGAAGCAAAAACAUGUGUUGAGGGCUGCUCAUCGUUCCUAAAAUCUGCUCUUAAGUGGUCUAAGGAGUUUGGUGCACCCAAGGGUGGAGCUCCAGAAAUACAUGUCAUGUUAGCGAACUACAUAUAUUUUGAAUCUCCUGAGGUGGACAUGGUUAGAGUGUCGCAUCAUUUUGUUCUAGGAAACAACCCCAAAGAGUUUGCUUCGACUUUAGUAAAUUUUAUGGGCAAGUGUUAUCCGGGGGAAGAUGAUUUGGCCAUUGCACGAGCGAUUUUAAUGUAUUUGGCAGUUGGUAAUCUGAGAGAUGCCAAUAUUCUCGUGGAUGAGAUAAAGAAGCAAGUGGAGUCUAAGCAGCUCGACUUUCCCAAAUCCAAUUUGAUCCAGUUCAUCAAUUUUCUUUUGCAAACGUUGCUGAGAGAUGCUCUUCCGCUUUUUAAUAUGUUGAGAGAGAAAUACAAAUCAAGCUUGGACAGAGAACCAACAUUUCAUGAGUUGCUGGAUGAAAUCGCGGAGAAGUUUUAUGGAGUACGGCGCAGAAAUCCGCUGCAAGGGAUGGGAAUGUUUGGCGAGAUUUUCAAGAAACUGUUCCAAAAAUGAGUCUUGAAAUAAUCGAGCGGCAUUCUUAUUGCAAUCUCAAUCCUUGUUAUGCAGAUGAUGGGGGGUGAAUAGUGACGCAAAGGAACUUAGCGUUCUUGCUUCCUUCAGCGGAGCACUGAUGCUAAUUUCUUGUGCCGGUUGGAGUGUUGGAGUGUAUUUAUAUUUUUGAUUCUCUAGAAACAAUUUUCAUGAAGUGUUUCUUAAUGUUGUAAGAUUUAUAUUAUCUUUCACCAAGCAAGAUACAGAUUCUGAAUAUUCCAAAUUGUAAUUCUUCCGGAUUCUGAAAUUUGAGUACUGAAAUCCGUUUAUUUAA